AACCUAUUCCUUCUACCUGAACGAGCAGAUUCCGUGGCCAACAAUACACCUGUGCUUAACGACGUGGUACAACCUUUUUGGGGCGUGGUGGAAGGGCUAGCUGGACACGAAUGUCGAGUAGAAAAUUCAGCGACAAAUAAAACAACAGAUUAUCAG